AUGCCGUUUCAGCGGGUGAAUGAAGACGAAGUCCUUGCGCAGUCUCGCGGACCUCGAGCCGAGCUGAGCGGCGACCCGACGCUGAAGAACGGCUCGGGCAUCCAGGCGUCUCGAGCUGUGCCGCUUGUGUCCAGGACAGCCGUGUCUGCGCCCGGACACUGUAGCAUCAGUGAAGCAGCGGACCACCGAAGAGACAAGAUGGGGGACGAGUCAGUGGCGUCCGGCGUGUCGUCGGCUCCUGAUCCCGGCGCACCCCCUGCUGCUGCAGGUGCCGCCCCAACUGCAGAGGGCAUCAUGAAGAAGCUUUCGAACUACUGGCUCAUCGUCGGGUCAAUACCGCUGGUGAUGUUCCUACUUGUCUGUCUCCCAACUGUGUUCUACGUCAAGUCCAUUUCAGACAAGGCAGCCACCAUGUGGGGCGACAAUCCACCGCCAUACGUCUCGCUCAUUCAGUACUACGGAGGUUGCACGGACGCUGACAAAAAUGGUCCGGGAGCUGUCACAUGGGCGUGGAUCGGCAACGCUAUUGGUGUUCCGUCAAUCAAGGACGCGAUGGCAAAGAUGGGUCAAGGAGGGUCAUUGAGGACCGACAUUACGCGUAUAUGCACUAACGCGGUACAACACGGCAUCGACUGCAUGUUUCACUUCGAGUGGAUGCGCGGUGCCACGCAGAAGGCCUUCAGCAAGGAUCCGAAACCGACCAUCGGAGAAGCAUUGCCGACUCCGGCGGUAAAGGCCGACUUAGCUAUUUCUGCUCCCGACAUGGGAAUCAUGGAGCCCAGCCACUACCUCGUGGACUUGGGAGGACAGGAGCUGAGCGACAUAUUUAAGCCGGUAGUUGAGGCCCUGAAGGAUAUGGACGAUAACCUCGACGAAGACGUGGUUGCGGCUUUCGAGGCUACGGCCAAAGGUGUUGCUAAGAGGAUGUAUGAACUUAUAGAAUACAGCAAAGAUUUGGACUACACUGUGGCGCCGCGAAUGAUGGACACAGAGGCCUUUUCACAAGUGGAUAACGACAUGGAUGGAUUUAACGACUACCACUUUAUUCCUUUCGCCGAGGCCGUGAAAAACUUCGUUCCCGCAGCCGCAAACUUUAACCGCUUCCUUGUGCGGAGUCCAAAUUACGUCGACCUGCUGAAUCGGGCAUUAAAUUACUGCCCCGCUGGUGCAAAGUGCUACAUUACAAUGGACGAAUUUUACGUGUUCAUAUUCUUAGACACAACAGUGAGGACUGGAGGCAACUACGUUGUGAAAGGGGUGAUACCUGACGACGUGAGGCUGCUGUGGUGUUCCCGCUACAUCGACUGGAUGCUGCCGACCGCGAUGGCUUCUUCUGCUGAAAAUUACCUGCAGAAAACUUACUGGCCGUUUGGUCUCAAGAAUCCCAAGGACCCCAAGAAUCCGCAUUCGGCUUUUACAGUCGGCAUGCAGUUCACGCAGAUGUUACUCGACGCCUUUGCCCACUCGUACGCUCUCUCCAUUGCUUCCAGCGAGAAGUCUCGAGCAAACUUGUAUACCAAGAUGCUACAGUUGGAUUACAUGGCAUUCUACCCGAACUCAUCAGACAAGCCAAAUCAGGACAUGAUUACUAAACUGAACUCGAAAAUUGUUCCUAGCGACGAAUUCAGCCUGGUCUCCUUCUUCGAAAACAGAAAGGAAAUUUUUUCUAAUUACUGGAAGAGUGCGGAGACAGAUCUGAAAGACGGUUACAUUCAACGGUUCCCCAUGAUGUACAGCGACGACGUCGGCUCCUACGACUACGGAACAAACCUGAUGUUCAUCCCCUUCGGAAUGUUCAGACCAUCGUUCUACAGGGACAGCACGGCCUACAUGGGGAAUUACGCCGUAUUCGGUUACUACGGCUCGAAGAACAUCCUGAAAAUGCUGAACAAUGCCGGGAGCUACUCGAAGGCUGGAUAUAACUUCCCACUCAUGUGGCCUGGCACUUACGCAGUGGGCAAGAUGAACGCGCACUACAGAUGUUUCAACCCUGCCAGAACGAAUCUAACAGUAAAAUCACGCCUGUUGGCCGAGGGAAACAACCCCAUCUCACCCGGAUUUCGGUAUUUCCGGAAGCAAGCGCUAAUCAGAGCCCACCCACGCCCAGAGUACCGACUCGACGAGGACGCCAAGGCCGACAUGGAGCAGAUCUACCUUACAGCUGUGAUGCGGACCUACUGCCGCUACAAAGGAAUGAAGGCAGACAUAAACACAAUGUUCCAGCACGACUUGUACUACCAGACCGCCUACUGCGCAGACGGUGGCAAAAUGAAAAUGGACCCAGCCAAGAUGUGUUACAUUUGGCACAGCACCAGGCGGAGCUACUGAGAGCGCGCUGCUCUUGGAUCACUGCUCACACGCCAGCUCAUUAAAGAAAAAGAAAGCUCCA